UCACCGACUCUCUCGCUUCUCUCUUGGCUCCUCUCAUUCUCUGCGAUCUAACACCAGGAAGCUUCUCUUUCGUCACCGAGGAAGAAGAUCUUAUUAAUUACCAUGUCUUGUAACAUCACCACCACGAACGAAGAAGAUGCAUCGAGCAACUUUGGAUGCAAUAUUUGUCUUGAAUUGGCUAGAGAUCCGAUCGUGACUCUAUGUGGUCAUUUGUUCUGUUGGCCUUGUCUCUACAAGUGGCUCCAUUACCAUUCCCAAUCGAAACAUUGCCCUGUUUGUAAAGCUUCGGUUAAGGAAGACAGCUUGGUUCCUUUGUAUGGAAUGGGCAAACCAUCUUCUGACCCGAGAUCCAAGCCAUGUUGUGGUGUUUCUGUCCCCAAUCGUCCAUCUGCUACUAGGAUUGAAACAGCUCGUCCUCCUCUUGGACAAAGACAUCAUGGAUCUAGUUUGUUUGGAGGGCAUUCAGGGUUUGCUCCAAUGCCAACUGGUACCCGGUUUUCCAACUUCUUGUUGUAAUGCGCAUGCAAGUAUCUUUGAUCAAUCCGAGUAG